AGACCAGCCCCUCAACGCGAUAGCUAUUUGAAGGUGGUCUGUAACGUCAACUCCCAGUAGCAGUAGGUGACCCUUUGAUAAAUUGAAGCCAACAAACAUUUGGGGUGAUUAACACCUUCCAAGCUCAUGCUUUAAGCCCCGCUUUUGCACGUGCUUGCAUGCAAGCUUCACUUGAUUACCAUGUGUAUUACCAUUGAAAUACUGCUCAGAGCAGCAAACUUAAACGUGCAUAAGCACUGGUAGGAUUCAUAUCUAAAUCUUUCCCCCUUACAUCUUUCUUUUUCACUGAGAAGAUACCAUGGGACUUUUUGACAGAGAAGACGACAAGGCUGGCAAAAAUCAAGAGACUGGUUGUUGAAUCAACUCUUUCAGUAUUUCCUUGUAAUUUUGUAAAAGUAGCAUGGAAUUUGCUUAGGAAUACUAGAAUAUGAAACUGGAGAUAUGCAAAGAGAUUCACAGUGUAAAAGCUGGGUAUUUCUAAAGUGGAGAAUAAAUGACUGAUGUAUAGGGAUAUGUCCUCAGCACCAACCACUCCUCCGUCAGUGGAUAAAGUAGACGGAUUUUCUCGGAAGUCCGUCAGAAAAGCCAGGCAGAAGAGGUCGCAAAGCUCCUCCCAGUUUAGGUCUCAGGGCAAGCCUAUUGAAUUAACACCUCUGCCUCUGCUAAAAGACGUUCCAUCUUCAGAGCAGCCUGAACUGUUCCUAAAGAAACUUCAACAGUGUUGUGUCAUUUUUGACUUCAUGGACACACUAUCAGACCUUAAAAUGAAAGAAUACAAGCGCUCUACUCUUAAUGAACUGGUGGACUACAUCACAAUAAGCAGAGGCUGUUUGACAGAGCAGACUUACCCUGAAGUAGUUAGAAUGGUAUCUUGCAAUAUAUUCAGAACUCUCCCACCUAGUGACAGCAAUGAAUUUGACCCAGAAGAAGAUGAACCCACCCUUGAGGCAUCAUGGCCACAUUUACAGCUUGUAUAUGAGUUUUUCAUACGAUUUUUGGAAAGCCAAGAAUUCCAACCCAGCAUUGCCAAAAAGUACAUAGAUCAAAAAUUUGUAUUACAGCUUUUGGAACUGUUUGACAGUGAAGACCCCCGAGAGCGAGACUACCUGAAAACAGUCUUACACAGAAUUUAUGGCAAAUUUCUUGGUCUUAGAGCAUUUAUCCGAAAACAGAUAAACAAUAUUUUUCUACGGUUUGUUUAUGAAACUGAACAUUUCAAUGGUGUAGCUGAACUGCUGGAAAUUUUAGGAAGUAUUAUCAAUGGUUUUGCUUUACCUCUGAAGGCAGAGCACAAACAGUUUCUGGUGAAGGUGCUGAUUCCUUUACAUACUGUCAGGAGUUUAUCGCUCUUCCAUGCGCAGCUGGCAUAUUGCAUAGUACAGUUCUUGGAGAAAGAUCCUUCACUCACAGAACCAGUCAUUAGAGGCUUAAUGAAAUUCUGGCCAAAAACUUGCAGUCAGAAAGAGGUCAUGUUCCUCGGGGAGCUAGAAGAGAUCUUGGACGUGAUUGAACCUUCACAGUUCGUCAAAAUUCAGGAGCCCUUAUUUAAACAAAUUGCCAAGUGUGUGUCCAGCCCUCACUUUCAGGUGGCAGAAAGAGCACUGUAUUAUUGGAAUAAUGAAUACAUCAUGAGUUUAAUAGAGGAGAACUCCAAUGUUAUACUUCCUAUCAUGUUUUCCAGUCUUUAUAGGAUUUCCAAAGAACACUGGAAUCCGGCUAUUGUGGCUUUAGUCUACAAUGUGUUGAAGGCAUUUAUGGAAAUGAACAGCACCAUGUUUGAUGAGCUGACAGCCACUUACAAGUCAGAUCGUCAGCGCUUAUCCAAAGCGGCAGGUGAAAAAAAUGAGGAAACUUCGGGAACUCCGACUCGUUUAAGUCGUGCCUUUUGUGUGACUCAGGGUUCCCACAAGCAAAGCGAAGGGUACUGUAUGUCAUCAAACCUUGUUAGUGAGAAGAAGAAGGAAAAGGAACGUGAAGAACUUUGGAAAAAACUGGAGGAUUUGGAAUUAAAGCGAGGUCUUAGACGUGAUGGAAUUAUUCCAACUUAACAAAAGAAACAAAACAACAUUAUUAACCUGUGGAGUCACACAUUUAUGUAGUAGAAGAUGGAGCAACAGUUUUCUGUAUUGUGCAACUUUACAGUAGAUUUCACAUUUGUUUCAUUAUUACAACAGCACUGUAUAUACCUGUCUCUAAGUAAAGGAAUAAUAAGGACUUUAAUCCAAAGUUUGGACAGCAGAUGGACUUCUCAGAACUUUGCAAACAUAAUAAUUGUUUUAACCCUUCUUUAAAACCAGUCUUCUAAGAUCUGUUGAUGAAAAUUGCUAUGUCAGAAUUCCAUUGUCAGGACUUUGUUCCUUAUUUAUCAUUAGCAGAGAGUAUGAUACAACUUUCAGAUGUGAACAAUCUUAAAUUUAGCUUGUCUUUCUGCUAAACUGUUAAAUGUAUUUAUAGUAAAAGAGAAAAAAAAAGACUGUCAUUUCCUUAUGAGUUUGUGUAACAUCCUCCUUCUCUGGAUAACUUUACUGUAAUAUUGACAUUUUUUUUUUUCCUUUUGCACAUCUUCAUGAGUUGAAUGUCCAUGCAGAUCAGGGCCAUGGAAAAUAUAGGUCCCUAAUAAAGUUUUGUUUACUGGUGCAAACAUUUUCUAGUACCAGUCAAGCACUGGUGCUCCUUUGAUUUGAACAUUGAGCAAACACAAAGAGGUGAUCAACAUAGGGGAAGGGGAUUUUGGAUUCAUGCAUCAAUUUAUUGCAAAUCUAAACUAGUCUCUCGAAUCCUUUGAAAAUGGGCAGUGGUAACGCGUACAGAGUUCGGUACCUAACCAGUAUUAGCGACAUGCUAUUGGACACACAUACUAGAGCUGUUACUAAUAGGUAAAUUAUUACAAGAUCUAUGUUUUUAUUGGACCAUUUUGAAAUAAUAAAGACAAACGCUAAACAGUACAAGCCUGAAAUUGGUCUCCAGUGGUCAUGGAUCUAAUUGAGAAAAGAGUUGAGCAAACAGUUUGGACUGUUUGGAGUUGUUGCCUUACUUUUUAAUAUGUAUUUAUAAAGUAUUCCAGCAAAAGAGGAUGUAGCCUCUGAAAAACAUACUCUAGUAAUGUUUUUGUGACUCUAGUACUAUUACUCAUCGCAGCACCAGCCCUAUGGUUUUAGCUGGAAAGGAUUCUGGAUAAUAUACUUCCUGCAUUCUGAACUGGAUGCUCAUUCCUAACUACUGUAUUUGUUACCAAAAGUGGUUCUACAAAUGCUACUGAAAAAAAAAAAUUCUGGAAAUCCUAAUGUUCUGAGUAUUAAUAAUAAAGUUUAAAAUGCUUUUAUAUCAAAGGUGCAUUGUGACCAAAUUGUUUAAAACAAAACAACAAGAAAAAGAGGGCUGUAUUAUAAGUAUACAUUAUUGGCUAUCUACUUUGUAUUUAAAAGUGGAAUCUUACAUCUUUGGUAGGUAAAAUGCUGAUAAGACUUAUGUACAGUAUAUAUUUAGCUAAUGCAGUUGCAUUAUUAUAUACCGAAAGGUAUGUGUUUCAGGAUUUUUCUCCAGGAUGCUUUUGAACUGUUAUAGAUGUAUGACAACAGUGAGUUGAUAAUCCUAAACCAUCAGUCCAGCAGUAUUUACAGUAUAAAGCUGACUUGGUGUUCUUGAGUCUUUGUGAUAGUUGCAAACAUGAAUUUUAUGACCUGUUGCCAUUGAUAGAAAUACAAUAUAAAUACAAGCUUAUAUAUUUUUCUUCCUACCAUUUAAACAUACAGUAGAAUUUGAAGUCUUACUGUUUCCAAGUGCAAAAAAAAGGGGGUGUGGGGUGGGGAAGAAAAAGGUUCAAUUGCCAGAUUACAGACUGUUUCAGGAUUAUCAGGUCACAGUUUGUAUACUUGGGUCUGCACAUAUGGAUGUUGUAAACUGAACAACUUUGUAAAAUCUUGACGCUGUUAAUUCUGAAAAAAGCAGAAGUAAACUAGUCAUGAAGCACCAAACACAACAUGGUUUAAUGGGAUUAAUAUAAGCUUCUUUUAAAUAUGGACUGGGACUCGGUGUGAAUUUGGCAAAUACUGUCAUAGGUGAAACGUUUUAUUUUCAAAGUGCUGGAGCAAAGGUGCAAGCUUAAAUACUGAAGACUAAAUAAAUUUAUAACAAAUACUGUCCCUUUAGCCCUGUGGUUUUGACAGUCUUUUGUUUUUACUUUGAAUUAGAGUUAAAGUUGAUAAUGUGAAUUUUACCUUUGAAGUUAACAUGCGUUCUGAGAGGGCAGAAAGACGUAUGCCUGGCUAGACUGAGAAAUUUAAAAAAACUGAGCUAUUAUGGAAGAAAGAAAUCUCAAUGAUUCCAUGUUUUCUACCUGAUGGGAGUGAAACAGAACAAUGUAAAAUUAGAAAAGGUACCUUGUCCUGUACUUAGAGAUGAGGUGAGUGUUGACUGUUCAUGGAUAUUCUUGACUUCAGCAUGACCUCCUCGUAUUAAUCAUGCAAAACUAAUGAGAACCUAGCUGGUUGCCAUAUUGUGUUACCUCUAAUGUGGGGAGAAUGGGGAAUAUCUAAACUUUAUAGAUGAUAUAUCACUUCCAAGAAGGAAUAUUUCUUUAAAUUGAAUGAGACAAUGUGAUAUUAGUCACAUGACUAAAAAGCUGAUGUAAUCUUAAAAAUUGCACUGUGUGAUGUACUUAAAGGAGCACUUGUCAUAGUAGUACAACAGCACCCAUGUGAUCCACUGUUGGCUGCAACCCAGAUGCAAUAUCCUGCACUGUUCCACGUGCAAGACUCCCACGAGCAACAGUUGGAGUUUUAUGCAAAGAUGAAGGCAGUAUGUGGGCCCAAGUUGAUUGUGAUCCGUGCACCUAUUUUAUUAAGCUUUUAUUUCCUUCAUGAUUUCCAGAAAUGACCUUUUUUUGUUGUUGAAUGUCUUUCACAGACUGCUAGCACUGUAGUUGAUGGGUGAUCGCUCAUCUCCUGUGCCAUAUUGGUUUCAGGUGAUUAAAUGUUAUCAGGUAAAAGUUUUUAAAAAACAAAAAAAACCAACAA